AUGGGCUCCUUCGAGUUGGACAAAAUGCUAAAGAAGAAUGACGAUUUUAACUCAUUUUACGAAUGUAGGAAAAAUGAAAAUGAGGUGAGCAAAAUGUCUGUGGGUGGGUUGAGUAGGAGCCCCGGUUGCGGGGUGGGGGAGAGGGACAAGGGCCUCCACAAGGGGGCCGCCAUAAAUGAUCACCCCGCUGGAGAGAAGGAUGCCGUGCAGUCAUUUGGCAACACACGUCACAGUCAUAACGUAGGAAAUAACUUCAUUCGGGGGGGGGCCCCAAAUGGUGGGAAUGGCCCCAAUGACGCGGUGGUGACGUCUGGAAGUGAACUGGGGGAAGAGGAGGAAGAGGAGGAGGAAGAGGGAGAAGAUGAAGAAGAUGAAGAUGAAGAAGACGAGGAAGACGAGGAAGACGAAGAAGAUUCCAGCUGCAUAGAAUGCGUCUCAAACGAUGACAAUUCGUAUUACUCCCUCUACGAGGGGUAUAAAACGAAUUACAUAAUGGAGUCCCUGUUUGAUAAAAACUCAUUUGUGUAUUUCCUGGUGCCAUUUAACAAAUACAGCUAUACGAGUUAUUACACGAAUUGGAACAAGCUAAGCUUUCGCAUGUACGCUUCCCUAAACUCUGUGCAGGAGAGGCCUUUUAAAAGAAAGAGGAAAAUAAACUACGUAGGGAGGUGCGGAAGUGACAGUAAUGCGAGCGAAGUGGUUAUGUUGGAGGGAACACGUGCUGCGUUGGCGGACCAGGAGAGGGGGCGAAGCGGUCCCCAAAAAGGGGCAAACAGCGGUUCCCCUGCACUUGACGUCCGGAAGAAUAAUGGGAAAGUGGCCAGUACAGAGGUGGGAUCCCCCCUAAGUGUACAACAUGCCGCACAACUGAGCAACCACUACAGUGAUGCCGAAGACGUCAAUUUUAGGAACCCCCUUAUCCGAAUGAUGAAUAAUUUUUUGUACUUCCUCCUGUUAAGUGAGUUCUUCACCUUUAACGAGUUAAUCAAGUUAAUGCCCCUGUGCAAGUGCUCGUAUGAAAUUUUUAAUCGUUUCUUCUACGUCAAUGUGCAUGUGAAUCCGUUCAGACAGAAUGUGAAGGACAUUAUACGGUUUUUAAAUGAGAAUAAAGAGUACCAGUUUUAUAUUUUGAAGGGGGCGAAUUGUGUGGAGGACAACUGGGAGAGUCGCCUCGACCAGAAGAGGGAGCUACUCACUUGCGAGUCCGCCAUCUGUGGGGUGCACGACUCUGAGGAGGGUCCCUCAAAGGGGGGCCAAACCUCAAGCACAGAAGAACCCACUUUAAACAAGGCAGAAGGGGUUAGCGGUGGGAAUGCGGAUGGACAGCAUGGGGUACUCCCCCGAAGUGAUGUCAGCGAGAACAGAGAAAUGGAAGAAAGCGGUGCAGGUAAUAACCGCAAGAAAAGCCAACACCCAACAAAGGAGGGAGGAAAACCACCCGGGGAGACAACCCAAAGUAGUAGUACCCCCCUGGAGAAAGCAAAAGAAGAGUGUAAAAAAAAUGAAGAAAAUGUGCUAUACACAAAUAACAUAAUGAAUAUGAGGUACUUGUUCAGCCUCUACGAAUUCAUCCGCAUCUAUUUAAGCAAAGACAACAGAGAGGGGGUAACCUUUUGCACCUCCGAGGAUCAAUUUAAACGUAGCUCCAACAGAAAGAGGGACCUUUUUUACGAUGACGUUUUUCCCUAUGGAAAUAAAAUAACCUCCUUUGAAUAUAAAAUAAAAUUAAAGAAACAUGUACAGAGGAGAUGGAACUUAAAAAGCAACUACGUGCAUGAGAAUUACUUUCAACAUAAGACGGGGGGGUCAAAUGGCCCUCACACAGGAGUCCUAAAAUUGAUUCACAACAAGCAGAGUCAGCUGUACCCCUCGUUUAGUUCCUUCCUCUCCAUGGACAAAUGUGGGUAUUUAAAUUUGUGGAAGGUGAACGAUGUGAAUUCGUUGCUUCCUACUCGUUUGCUGGAGGCGCAGCUGACGUGGGAGGGGCAGAAAGCCCUCGCCCCCAGGGAUGCGGUGAACCUCAGGGACGACUCCUUUUUGGUGGCCGACGAGUCGGCGGUAUAUGUCUUCUCGUUGGGAGGAACGACCCCCAUACCGGCGAAGCGAAUCGCGCAGCUGGACGCGCACCAAAUCAGCGAAGGAGGAAAAGUGAAAAACGUAGUGAUGAGUGACAAGGGGAAAUGCAGCGUGGGACUGAGCCAAGCCAUAUGCUACCGCGUAGACCUGGAGAGCGGGGCAGUGGAGAGCGAAAAACGGCUAAUGGAAGAUUUGAAGAAAAUUGCCUGCUUCGAUUACAACACGAACAUUGUAAUGAGCAAAAAGAACAUCCUUAUUGACGAUAGGAGAAUGGCAAACUACGUCUCCUACGUGAAUUAUAACCUAAUUGACUACGACAAUGAUAAAAAAUAUUUUAACAGUGAAAAUUAUUUCCACGAUUUUAGCCUAACGGGCAUAUCUCUAACUUCCUUAAAUUCGAAUAACUCCAUUUUUCUAUUCGACCUGAGGUACAAGUACCCCUCCACGUGUCUACACUACGAGAGUGCCAUCACAGAAACGCACAGCUCCAAUCAAAAUGAGAAAAUCCAUUAUUUGCUCAAUUUGAAGAGAAGUUUCAACUCCAGGCACUACUGCAGUAAUAAGAAGUAUAGUGGCUUCCACGACAAUAUCAUUUUGAAUCCGUUGGUAACGCGCCAAAAGGGGGAAGGAAGUCAAGGAGAGGAAAAUUUCGUGAAGGAUAAAAUCCUUUCUGAUGAGUCAUUCAUUUAUACCAUUGUAAAGGAGGGAAGGGAGAGAGAAUUCGAGGCGGGGGACUUACCUACUUCGUACCUGAACAUGUGGAGGUGGUGUGAUAAAAGGCAAUUUAAAACGUUUUUUCAUUAUUAUGAAGAUAUCACAUCUGGAAGGAGGAAUUAUACAGACAUGUUCGUUUCAUCCCCAUCUGAGAAUGUAUCAUCGUCUUACGUCAGUGUGGGAGGUAGUGGCGCAUCCAACUUGGGAGGUGACUUUCUUUCCUCUGGGCAGGCCGCAGACGCUGCAGACGCCGCAAACGCCGCGGACGCCAGUGCAGGGCCUUACUACUACAGAACGCUCACUUUUGAUCAAAUAUACAAAUUUGUGGACACUCCAAAUCAUUUAUUCCUCACCUAUGAGCGUUCGAACUACGUGCACUCGCUGUUGUCUCCUUCGCACGGGCUCGAGCUGAAGAGCUCCCUCAAGGAGGUCCCCUUUUUCAUGCACCCCACCAAUUUGUGA